UAGUUGAAAUUUCUAGUACAUCAGUUACUUCCUGUGAGGGUUUUAGGCACAAACACAGGUUUAAGCUUAGAGAAAAGGGUAUCUUUCAUUCUCUGCCCACCAUGGCCGACGAAGACUAUGAUGACAUGGACAUGGGGUACGAGGAUGAGCCACCAGAGCCUGAGAUUGAGGAAGGUGCGGAGGAGGAUUUGGAAAACAAAAAUGACGAAUUAACUGGAGAUCCUAUUGACACUGAGGAUAAGGAAGAGGAACAAGUGGACCGCCCUCGAAAGACCUCGAAAUAUAUGACUAAGUACGAGCGUGCUAGGAUUUUGGGCACCCGAGCUCUUCAAAUCAGUAUGAAUGCACCUGUCAUGGUCGAAUUGGAGGGGGAAACUGAUCCACUUGAGAUUGCUAUGAAGGAACUCCGUGAGCGAAAAAUACCCUUUACAAUCCGGCGUUACUUGCCUGAUGGAAGCUACGAGGAUUGGGGAGUUGAUGAACUGAUCGUGGAAGACUCCUGGAAGAGGCAAGUAGGUGGUGAUUAAUGGUUUAACUGACAUGCGUGGAGAGGAGUAACAUAGAAUAGAUUUUGUGCCCUGGUAACUGUUAUAUUUGAUUUCACAAGUUUGAUAGUUGAUACUGAUCUAGGAUUCCCCCACCUUAAAAAACUUGGUUAUGCUUAUAAAGAUGUAUUAGUUUAUGGGUUCCUACUGUUUGUGCUUUUAAGCUUAGUUCUAACUUGUACAAGGGACAGUUGUGUUAUAGUGUUACUUGGUCUGAUAAAACGGAACAAUGUUUGUCUAA